CACUCUCAUCACCUCGACCACGACCCCGACGAAGGAAGGAAGAAGAAGAAGAAGACGACGACGAAGACGACGCCGCCGCCAUGACCGCGAAUCGCUCGCGGCAGAGCUAGCUAGCCAGCUCUUCCGGCUCCGCUCGCGACUCCUCCCGCCGCCGCCUCCGCGAUGACGGCGGCGACGGCGUCGUUCGACGAGAGGGAGCGCGCGCGAGCGAGAGAAUCUCCGGCCGCGUGAUUGGGGGGCCCCCGUUCGAGAAAGCGUCCUCGGUCUCCGCGCGCGCUGAAGCUGAGGCCGACCGGCGCAUCCGCAAGAAUUCGGCGUCCUCAGAUUCUCGCCGUUUUCCGAAAUCGAUUCGAUCGCCUGGAAAUCGCUCCACCGCGAUCACGAUCCCGGCGGCUGCGGGACUGCUCCGAUCAUCAGCGAGCCUGCUGUUUCGAGGUUUCUUUCUUCAUUCGUUUUUUCCGGCCUCUCUGCUCCGUGUCAGAUAUGCACAGUGAUUUCUAGCGGACUGUGGCGCAAUGUGGUGCGCGUUUGAACGCCUUUUUUUUAACGGUCGUUGCGUCGGUUGCAGAGAGAUAAUAUAUCUCGCGGCCCGAGCUGAAGAAGGAAGGGGGAAGAUGCUGACGUGCAUAGCUCGCUCGAAGCAGCCCGGCGACGACUCGCUGAGUCAGCCUGAGAACGCCGCCGAUUCCGCCUCCGCGGCCGGCGCUAAGAACCAAUCCAUCAAGUCUCUCACUUCUCAGCUUAAGGACAUGGCGCUCAAGGCCUCCGGGGCGUACAGGCACUGCAGCCCCUGCACGACGGGGCCGCCGCCGCCGCCGUCGGCGGCGGGGGGCGGCCAGGGCCGGCUCCGGAACUCGAGCGAGUCGGACGCCGACUCGGACCGGUUCCGGUGGUCGUACAGGCGGCAGGGGAGCUCGAGCUCCAACACGCCCAAGCCGUGGGGGAAGGCGGAGCUGGAGGCGAGGCUGAAGGGGAUAUCGAGCGGCGAGGCCACGCCGAAGUCGGCGAGCGGGCGCCGCGAGCCGGUGGUGUUCGUGGAGGAGAGCGAGCCCAAGGAGUGGGUGGCCCAGGUCGAGCCCGGCGUGCUGAUCACGUUCGUCUCGCUCCCCCGCGGCGGGAACGAUCUCAAGCGGAUACGGUUCAGCCGAGACAUGUUCAACAAAUACCAAGCUCAAAGAUGGUGGACAGAGAAUUAUGACAGGGUCAUGGAACUAUACAAUGUCCAGAGGCUUAACCGCCAAGCCUUUCCACUUCCAACCCCCCCGAGGUCUGAAGAUGAGAGCUCAAAAAUAGAAUCUGUGCAAGACAGCCCUGUAACUCCACCACUUACAAAGGAACGUCUUCCGCGAAACUUGUAUCGUCCACCAGGGGUGGCGAUGGGUUACUCCUCCUCAGAUUCACUUGAUCAGCACCCUGGACUGCCACGCCCUUGCCGUGACUCUACUGGUGUCACAUCUACCCCAAAACUCUCCAGCAUCAGUGGAGCCAAGACAGAAACUUCAUCAAUUGAUGCCUCAAUGAGAAGUAGUUCUUCAAGGGAUGCAGAUCGCUCAGGAGAGUUGUCCAUCAGCAAUGCUAGUGAUCUUGAAACUGAAUGGGUUGAACAAGAUGAACCGGGAGUUUAUAUAACUAUUAGAGCAUUACCAAGUGGUAAAAGAGAGCUCAGACGAGUCAGAUUCAGUCGAGAAAGAUUCGGGGAGAUGCAUGCUCGAGUAUGGUGGGAAGAAAAUAGGGCGAGGAUCCACGAACAGUACUUGUAACUGAAAGCACAAAGGCAAUGGUCGCGGUUCCUGAGGUUACCAAUUGUUCCUUUUUGCCGGUUUUUUCUCCUUUUCACUUAUUCUACAAUGUUGCAUCUGAAACCUAUUCAAAUGUAUAUCUUAAAGGGUGUUUAUACAGGCACCUCUAGGCAUAUGUGGCAGCUACCAAAAUCUUUUGUAAGCUACCACUUCUUUUGGAGCUCACUCCUUGUGAUGCUCCAGAGAUAUUAGCACGGGAUGCGGGUCAUGAACAAAAAUUUUGUUUAUAAUAUCCUUCAGUUUUGGGUA